AUGUUUUGAAUAUGCAGGAUACAUAUGAGGAAGAGGAUGAUGCUGCUGGUAAUGCUAGUGAAGAGGAUGAGCAUGGUGAUGUUGGUACUGGUAAAGAUGAUAUAGAGGCUGAAGAGGAUGUUGGUAUAGAGGAAGAGGCUGCUGCUAAAGAUGGUAUAGAGGAGGAGGCUGCUGAAGCUAGUAAGGACGUUGCUGGUAUAACAGCUGAUGAUGAUUAUGGUAAUGAUGAUGAUGAAGAUGAUUCCCAGCCACUUCCGCCAGAGAAGAUGUGCUUAGAUAGUUCAGAAUACACCAAAGGGUGUAAAAUAGGAACUAGGUGUAAAGUGACUGAGACAGUGAAGUUGAUUGAGAAAGAGUUUAAAGACGAGGCAAUAUGGUUCAGAAGUCACUCUCAGUUCAAGCAUGUAUUCCACAUGCCUAGGGAGCCAAACCACAUGACUCAAGGCAUGUGGAUGCUUAUGCUGCGCACAGUUGACACAGAUCUUGAGAGGGAGUGCUGGUUUGUGGUUAAUGGAGUACCUAUUAGGUACUCCAUCAAAGAGCAUGCGUUGCUAACUGGGUUUAAUUGCAAGGAAUACCCGGAGAAGCAUGAGGAAAUGGGGAAUUUGAGGUUUGUGAAGAGAAUCUUCAAAAGGACUGAGAAGAUAAAGGCAUCUGAUGUAUUAGCUAAGUUGAAGGAAAAGAAGAGUUGGAAAGGAGCUGAUAAGAAGAAGUUAGUAGUCUUGUAUUUCCUAUGCAAGAUACUAAAAGCAAGCUCAAAAAGUGAUGGAAACAUAGAAUCCUUUCUCUUAAGGAUUAUUGAUGAUUUGGAUGCAUGUGAGACAUAUCCAUGGGGCAGGUAUUCAUUCUCAGAAUGUAUGAAAGGGAUCUGGAAUAUGAUGAAGAAUUUGAAUGGGUCUGUCAAACCUAAAGUUCAACCUAGCUUUAGUGGAUUCAUUGUACCUCUGGAGAUUCUGGCUUAUGAGGCUAUUCCACAUCUUGGACUGAAAUAUAGAGUACAUGUACGUGCAGCAAAUGACUGUCCAAGGAUGUGCAAGUACAAGUUUAAAGAAUCUGCCAUGAAAGGUAUCCCUUUGGAAGAAAUAUAUCAAGAGCUUGGGACUAGCAAGGAUAUUGACAGCAUAUUGGUACCAGACCAAUAUGAAAAAUCUCUGUUGGCUGGAAUCAUUGAAGAUAAUGUUGAUGAUGGCCUAGGGCAGAUUGAUAUCAUUGUUGACAGUUGGAGAGAGCGUCUAGUAGAAAAGAAGAAAAAGAUAUGGUGGGAAGGAAUGUAUCAGCUGGACCAGGCGUCCCGAGAGAUUGGAAAUAAGUUUCUUGAGAAUGAAGACCUUGAGCAAGAAGUCCCUGAGCAAGAAGUCCCUGAGAAAGAGAGUUCUGAUAUUGCUAACCUUGUUGCAUCUAUAAACUCACUAACAGAAGUGGUGAACAAUGGCUUUCAAACCAUGAAGGAGAAGUUUAGUGACAUGGAGAAUAGAGUGAAGGCUCUUGAAGUUUCUGUGGCAUCCCAGGGUCCGGCGUUUACGCCAUAUGGGUCGCCUAUGGAACCACAAUGUGGGACAAGAUAUGAUUUUGAGGGUGGGCAGCCGAGUCAACCGAGUCAAACCAUGAAUUUGGUUUUGUAUAAUCCCAUUUCUCCAACUGUUCCAGAACAAGGUGAUGAGGAGGAGAAAAAGAAUGAGGAAGAGAUGAAAGGAAAAGAGAAGAAGAAGGGCAAGAAGACAAAGAAGAGGAAGCAGCAAGAGGGUGGACCUGUAAUAGCAACCGGACAGAAGCGAACAAGGGCAGCUUCCCAACAUAUUAAGACACCAUUUGUGGAAGUGCAGCCGAAGAGAAGGAGAAAGAAGUAAGAACUAUGGUUGAUGUGUGCUGGUGGUGUAGGAAAAAACUAAAAAAUCUU